AUGAGGCUACAAACAGUGGCGUCGAGAGGAUUGGCGACGACGCUUAAGGCGUCUGGGAUCAAGGCUGGCCUUAUUUUAUCGCGAAUUCCAAUUGUUACACAGGACUUGAAUAAGCUUGAAAAACAGUACUAUGAAUAUCAAAGUGAGCUUGAAAAAAGACUUAUGUGGACUUUCCCACAGUACUACUACUUCAAACGAGGCACGUUGGCGGAAAAACGGUUUUUGGCCGUUCAAAAGGGCCCCGUCAGCAAACAGCCUGGCGUAUGGUUUCCUCAAGGUGUACCAGACAUCAAACACAACCGUGAAAGACGCACGAAACAGGUGGUAAAUCUGCCUCAACACUUCGAUGCUGCCGCCGGGGAGCAGGCUAGUGACUCAGAUAGCGUUUCUAGACCAAUCGCACCCAAUUCAAGACUCACAGAAGCAGACAAGUCUAAUGACAUUCAAAGUCUUGAAAGAAAGCUAAGCGAAACGCUGUAUUUAGUCGUUAAAAGCACGGAGGGCAAGUGGUCUUUCCCCAGUUUUCCAGUUGCUCUUGAAAAGGAGUCCAAAAAACCAUUGCAUACCACAGCGGAAAUUGGCGUAAGAGAGCUUGGAGGUUCAAACAUCAACACUUGGACCGUUUCCAACACCCCAGCAGGCGUUUGGAAAGCCGCUGACGCUGCAGAGUUCAUGAUAAAAUCUCACAUCAUUUCUGGCACAUUCAAACUCCAGCAAAAGUCCCAAUACAACGAUUUCGCAUGGCUGACGAAAAGCGAGAUCCAGCAACGUGUUGAUGACGCAUAUUACCAGGGUUUAUCUUGCCUAUUGGCCGGCAAUUGA